UGGGCGUCCCAGGGCGGGGGGCGGAGCAGGUGAGCCCGUGGGGUGGGCGUGGGGAGUGCACUUGUACGUGACGUUGGAGUUUGCAGCAACCUCCAGGCAGGAGGCUGUGGGCGCGUGUGUGGAGUGGCUGCGCGGCCGGGGAAGAUGUGCUCGGAGGGGCGGCCGCCGCAGUGAGCCGCGCGGCGACAGGAGCCCGGCCGGCAGCCCCGGGGGCAGGGCCUGAGCGGCCAGCCGCUCGCGCUCCUCCGCGCGGGAGGCCACCGGGACCGGACCUGAGAGGCGCGCCCCGGCCGGCCGCAGGAUGUAGGCGAUCGGCGGAGGCGCUCCUGCAGGCGGACGGCUCAUCAUGAAGAAGCACUCGGCCAGGGUGGCCCCGCUCAGCGCCUGCAACAGUCCGGUCCUUACCCUCACCAAAGUGGAAGGGGAGGAGCGCCCCCGGGACUCCCCGGGCCCGGCGGAGGCCCAGGCGCCGGCUGGGGCGGAUGCCAGCGGCCGAACGAGCCACCCCUGCUGGAGAUGCUCCCGGGCACAGCUCAAGAAGAUUUUCUGGGGCGUGGCGGUGGUGCUGUGCGUGUGUUCCUCCUGGGCGGGUUCCACGCAGCUCGCCAAGCUGACCUUCAGGAAGUUCGAUGCUCCCUUCACCUUGACGUGGUUUGCCACCAACUGGAACUUUCUGUUUUUCCCGUUGUAUUAUGUGGGGCACGUCUGCAAGUCGGAGGAGAAGCAAUCUGUGAGGCAGAGAUACAGGGAAUGCUGUCGAUUUUUUGGAGACAAUGGCUUGACUUUGAAGGUGUUUUUUACCAAGGCAGCACCCUUUGGUGUUCUUUGGACACUCACAAACUACUUGUACUUACAUGCAAUAAAGAAAGUAAACACUACGGAUGUCUCCGUGUUGUUCUGCUGCAACAAAGCUUUUGUGUUCUUGCUCUCAUGGAUCGUUCUCAGGGACAGGUUCAUGGGAGUGAGGAUCGUGGCCGCCAUCCUCGCCAUUGCUGGGAUUGUGAUGAUGACCUACGCCGAUGGCUUCCACAGCCACUCUGUCAUCGGCAUAGCACUGGUGGUGGGCUCUGCGUCCAUGUCUGCCCUCUACAAGGUUCUGUUCAAGCUCCUCCUGGGCAGUGCUAAGUUCGGAGAAGCCGCCUUAUUUUUGUCCAUCUUGGGCGUGUUUAACAUCCUUUUCAUCACCUGUAUUCCCGUCAUCCUCUACUUCACCAAAGUGGAAUACUGGAGCUCGUUCCAUGACAUUCCAUGGGGGAACCUUUGUGGAUUUUCAGUCCUCUUGUUGACAUUCAAUAUUGUAUUAAAUUUUGGAAUCGCUGUUACGUAUCCCACUCUGAUGUCUGUUGGAAUCGUCCUCAGUGUACCUGUGAAUGCAGUGGUGGAUCACUACACCAGUAAGAUAGUCUUCAACGGGGUGCGGGUCAUCGCCAUCAUCAUCAUCGGCCUGGGCUUCCUCCUCCUGCUCCUGCCCGAGGAGUGGGACGUCUGGCUCAUCAAGCUUCUCACCCGCCUCAAAGUGAGGAAGAAGGAGGAGACGGCGGAGGGCGGUGCGGACCCGGGCUCGGGGCCUCAGAGCAAGAGCCGAAGGGCCCGGCCCUCCUUCGCGCGCUGACCGCGGCCCUGCAGGACUCUGCGGCGAUCACUCACGCUCGGGUUAGGGCCUCGGAGGUCUGCUCCGGACGGGGGACCCUCGGUUGGGUAAGGUGUGUACAUACCUGUACAGUUCCGGUAACCUGCGGUAAGUUAUACGGUAUUUAUUGGCAUGUCCAAUUUGCUUGCACUUUUCCCACAUCAGACCUUUCACCUAAGGGUACCAGUUCCAAGUGGAAGAGAAGAGACGAGCCUCCGGCCCUUUCGAAAUGAAUGUCAAUGUCAGUGUCAGUGUUCGGGGGGACAAGAGGCAGGGCGCGUGUUUUGAAUCUUAGCAACUGCAAAUGACAUUGCACACUGUGAUUAUUUUCCAGCUAUGGUAGGGUCACAUUUUGUUUUAUACCAGAGCUGUACUCUUAAUUUUAAGGGAUUUCAAAUGAACCAAAAGACAACUGUAAGUCACUUUGAGUGGUUGGAGGAUGGAUGGAGGGAUGGAUGCGAAGAGAGGAAGCAGAAAGGCAAAAACGGACUUCGGGACCCACCGGCAGUGGCUGACCCCGGGGGUGGCAGGGGAAGGAGGACAGGCCCCGGCCAGGUUAGAGAGAGGGAAGGAGGAGUUGGAGCCCCAGCUGGCCUGCUCUCACGUGAGUGUGUAAGAUCGUGCAAGAGAAAUUAUAGUGCCUUCUACAGAAUUUUUGUCCUUACCUACGUGAAGCAAGGUGACAUUGUAAGUCACUGGCGCCGUCUUAUAAUUUAGAUGUACAAAAUCUUUAGAAACAAAACUAUGUGUGUGUAUGUGUACAAAAACAACAGGCUGACGACCAGUAUAAGGGAACAUGGCUAGCGGUGUGCAUUGCACAUGUCAGAUGGACACGGCGAGACUGUGAACUGCUGGUUGCUUUUACUCCAUGACCAAGAUCGAAAAAUUAUCUACCGAAUCUGUAAACCUUUUUAUGAAACUUUUAAAGCACCAGGCUGUUUACUUACACAGUUUAGGUCUGCCAGAAAAUUCUAUCUGUGAUAGAUCUGUCAAGAGGGACACGGGGGUUAGAGUUUACUAUUUUUGAAGUUUACAUUGUUACAUACGAAAUGGAAACCUUAUUUUGAAAUGUUGUCAUAACCCAGUGGUGCAUUCUGUGACCAUGGAGUCUUUCGUUUCCUAGGGGAAAGGGGCAUUCAUGACCUGAACUUUGUAGCAAAUUAUUAUUCUGUUUCCAUUACCUGUUUGGCCAAACAGAUUAAUAAACUAUUUAAAAAAGAAGCGUUCUGCACCGCGUUGGUGGCCACUUUGUCACAACCCCACUGUGCCCAUUCCCUCCUCGCCUUAACCCUGGCUCCCAGUAGGUCCCACCCUCCUGAACCAUCAGGCACGCAAACCCGCCCAGACACCUCAGAGGAAGAAAAUUCUUACUGGAACAACAGAGUUGACGGUCUCGAAAGCAAAACAUGGGCAGGGGCUCCUAAACUCACCUCCAUCUCUCCUUUGUCCCCCUCUCCUUUCCCUCCAGGCGCCUGCCUGCCCCAUCCCUCCCCA